AUGGCCACAGAGGAACCCGCAUAUGACCCCACGAGGACGGCAUCAUGGCUCGUCUGCACAGCAUGCGGGACCCAGUUCCCCACGGCCAGCCGAGACGAAGUCACGACUUGCUUCAUCUGCGAUGACCCAAGACAGUUCACCCCGCCCGGCGGACAGGCAUUCACCACUCUUGACGAGCUGCGCGCCAGCCACGAGAACACCUGGACUCCGAUCCCGUGUGACGACAGGCUUAUGUCAAUCGUAACCGAGCCCAAGGUCGCCAUCGGACAGCGGGCCAUCCUGAUCCGGACGCCCAAGGGCAACGUGCUGUGGGAUUGCAUCACGCUGCUCGACGAGGCCACCAUCGAGGAGAUCCAGGGUAUGGGCGGCCUCAAGGCUAUCGUCAUCUCGCACCCGCACUACUACACGACACACGUGGAGUGGGCGCGCGCCUUUGCGUGUCCCGUGUACCUAGCGGCCGAGGAUAGGCAGUGGCUGACGCAGUCGUCGUCACAUCAAGUCUUCAUUACCGAGACCGAGCUCGAUCUGCAGAUCGACGGAACAUCGUCCGGCGUCAAGGUGCUCAAGCUUGGCGGCCAUUUCCCGGGCUCGCUCGUGACCCUGUACGAUGGCCGGCUCUUGAUCGCCGACACGCUCGUGACGACGCCCGCCGGACUGGGAAGCUGGGAUACAGACGCGGCAGGGAACACCCGAACCCGGCCGCAGGGGAUGAACAGCUACGCAUUUCUGUGGAGCAUCCCGAACAUGAUCCCACUGGCGCCCGACGAGCUGGAGAGGAUGUGGAAUAUCUUGAAGAAGUACGAGUUUAGAAGCUCGCAUGGGGCGUUCUUGAAUGUGGAUAUCGUGAAGAGCGAGGCGGAGAUGAAGCAGAGAUUGCUGGAGAGCAUGCAGAUACAGAUCAAGUAUUCGGGCUACGGUAAUCAUACAAUGCUGAAGGAGACAACCGGUUGA